AUGGAUCCCUGUUCUGAAAUUACUUUUCUAAAAUCUAUCAAAUAUCACUGCCAUGCUGCUGAAGUGCAUCCUGCUAAAAAACAGGAAAUCCUUCCAACUACUGAUGCUAAUCAAACCAUCCAGGAUGAUGACAACAAAAUUUGUGUUGUGAUGGUCGGGCUUCCUGCUAGAGGAAAAUCUUUGAUUGCUGGCAAAGCACUGAGGUAUCUCUCAUGGAUUGGGAUCCCUGCGAAGACCUUUAAUGUUGGCCAGUAUCGGCGUCAGGAUACCCCGCAGCCAUCAGCAUCUUUUUUCGAUAAUUCGAAUCCUAAUGGAGAAAGAUUGAGGCGAGCAGCUGCUGAAGCGGCCGUUAAUGACAUGCUUAACUGGUUUAGAACCUCAGAUGGCCAAGUUGCAAUUCUUGAUGCCACAAAUUCAACCAAGCAGCGUAGGGAAUGGAUCUACAACACUUGCCGCCUUGCGGGUAUCGCUCCGCUAUUUGUCGAGUCGAAAUGUGAUGACCACGACUUGAUCAUGAAUAAUAUACGUGAGGUGAAGACAACCUCUCCGGAUUAUGUUGGACAAGACCCAGAAGACGCCGCGAAGGAUUUCAUGAAGCGUAUUCGUAACUACGAAAAAGUUUACGAAACCAUUGGCACAGAUGAAGACCAUUACGCUUAUGUUAAGUUGAUCAAUGUGAGCUCGCAGGUCAUCAUCAAUCGCAUUCAGGACUACCUGUCUAGCCGCCUAGUUUAUUAUAUUCAGAAUCUCCACAUUCGCCCUCGUUCAAUCUGGCUCUCUCGCCAUGGAGAAUCAGAAUUUAAUCUCACUGGAAAAAUAGGCGGCGACGCCAAUCUCUCUCCUCGGGGCGAGCAGUAUGCCCUUGCACUCCCGCAAUUACUUCGGGAGUCUGGGAUCCCUCCGGGAGCCAAGCUUACGAUUUGGACGUCUACUUUAAAGCGAACCAAUCAGACGGCACGGCAUCUUGUGAAAGAGAUGGGGUAUCAUAAGCUUGAGUGGAAAGCUUUGGAUGAGCUUGACUCUGGGGUAUGCGACGGCCUUACCUAUGAGGAAAUUCAGACUCGUUACCCUGAGGACUUCGAAGCUCGUGAUGAGGAUAAGUACAACUAUCGAUAUCGCGGAGGCGAAUCUUACCGUGAUGUUGUCAUUCGACUUGAACCAAUCAUCAUGGAACUCGAGAGAAGUGAGAAUGUUAUUAUCGUGACACAUCAAGCUGUCCUUCGCUGCAUUUAUGCGUAUUUCCUGAAUAUGUCGCAAGAGCAAAGCCCGUGGAUGGAGGUGCCAUUACACACGCUUAUUAAACUCACGCCUCGUGCUUACGGAACCGAAGAACACCGUAUCAAGGCUGAUAUUCCUGCGGUUUCUACAUGGCGCGGAAAGGGCAGUGAAGCCAAACACCAGACCCCCGGAGAGGCAGAAAUUCAGGCUUUGUUGUCCUCGAAAAUGGACCCCGCCAUUGGCAACGCCUUGUCUGUUUCCACUUUGCCGGUCACCGCUCUUUCUGAUGAAGCGGUUAAAACCCCUAGCCCCGAGCCGGUUACUUUGCCGGCUGCUCCUAUGGAGGAGGCUACGCUUAAGGGUAAUGCAAAGACUAGCUAG